GGUGGUGUUCCUGAGAUCGCGAACCUCACCUGCACUGGCAGCUUUUUGGGCAGUCGACAUGUACUGAGGUCGAGCGACGUGACUCAGUGACAGCUGAAGAGACGGAGCAGUGAGAGAAGACGAUACAUGAACGCAGCAACAGGGACAUCACACAUCUGACCAUGAGUAAUCACCUCAGAAGUAGCUACUCUGGGUCCUCAGCCCCGGAGCUGAGGCUCAUUCUUCUGGGGAACCUUGGAUGUGGAAAGACGUCCUCAGCCGACACCAUCCUGGGCCAACUGUCGCCCGUCUCUCCCUCUGCCUCCAGGAGCUGCCAGCUGCGACAGGGCAUCACCGAGGGCAGGAGCAUGACCCUGGUGGAGGCGCCGAGAUGGUACUGGAACGGCGGCAAGAUGGAGGACAGCGUCAGGAAGGAGACCGAGCAAGUGCUGACACUGGCAGCACCGGGUCCACAUGCCAUUUUGCUGCUGGUGCCCGUGGGCCAGUUCACAGAGAUGGAGGGUCGAGUACCUGCAGAGAUGGAGCAGCUGUUUGGGGAGGAGUCACUGGAUCACACCCUUGUCCUGCUGACGUGUGGGGACUAUUUGAUGGGAAGAACAGUGGAGGAAUACCUGCAGAAAGAGAAUCCAGGCCUGCGGCAGAUAAUUGAGCGCUGCGGGGGGCGCUUCCAUGUCAUCAAUAAUCGUCAGCGACAGGACAGGGAGCAGGUCCAUGAGCUGCUGGAGAAGGUGGAGAAUAUGGUGCAGGCAAAGGGGGUGUACCACAGGAAAAUGGUGCAGGAGCGAGAUCUGGAGAGACGAGUGAACGAGAGACGACAGGAACUUAUGGAGAGUUACAGAGCUAAAAAGGAAGAGAGAAUAGAAAGUAGAGGAGAGGAGGGCGGUACCACCUUGGAGACAUGGAGGAGAGAAGACAGGAACGAGACGGAGAGAAGAGCAGAUGGAAGUCAAACGUCCAAUGGGCUUCAUUCAACUCCAGCGCCAGAGCAAGAGUCGUAUUCAUCAUAUUCACAGAUGCAGGAUGACAGGCAGGUGAAGAGGACCCCCAGCUUCAGACUGAACCCAGAUGGAGCUGUACUCUCUCAAAUGUCUGAGGUUGCAUCUCCGAAAAUGAUUACAACGUUUCAUCACAGAAUCAACAGCUUUGAAGAGAGAUUCCCCGAGGCGCCUCCAACUUCCUCUCCCUAUUCACCCGUCUUCUCCUCCUCCCCUUCCUCGCCAACCUUUGCUGCCUCCUCUUCCACAUUCCCCUCAUCCUCCUCCCCCUCCUCAUCUACUUUUGCCUCCACCUCUCCCACGUCAUCCUAUUCAUUCCCCUCAUCCUCCUCAUCCUCUUCCUUCGCCUCAUCCUCCACAUUCCCCUCAUCUUAUUCAACCUCAUCUUCAACUUUGGCCUCCACCUCCCACAAAUCAUCCUCUUCAGUCCCCUCAUCUUCCUCAUCCUCCACAGUCCCCUCAUCCUCCACUUCUUCCACAUUCCCCUCAUCUUAUUCAACCUCCUCAUCCACUUUUGCUUCUGCCUCUCGCACAUCAUCCUCUUCAUUCCCCUCAUCUUCCUCAUCCUCCACAGUCCCAUCAUCCUCCACUUCUUCCACAUUCCCCUCAUCUUAUUCAACCUCCCCAUCAACUUUAGCUUCUGCCUCUCGCACAUCAUCCUCUUCAGUCCCUUCAUCUUCCUCAUCCUCCACAGUCCCCUCAUCCUCCACCUCUUCCACAUUGCCCUCAUCUUAUUCAACCUCCUCAUCAACUUUUGCCUCAGCCUCUUCCACCUCGUACCCCUCAUCCUCCUCAUCCUCUCCGGAGCUGCGUCUGGUGCUUCUCGGGCGCUCCGGAUCAGGGAAGAGUGCAGCCGGCAACAGCAUCCUCAGGGGAGAAGAGUUCAAGUCGGACCCGGACAGCCUCACGUCUGUCACUCAGCAGUGUGAGAAAAAGAAGGCGCUGGUUGAAGGACGAAGGGUGGCAGUGGUGGAUACCCCAGACUGGUUCACUUCAGAGCGAACUCCUGAUGAGGUGCGAGCUCAGAUCUCCUCCUGUGUUGCUUUGUCCAGUCCCGGCCCCCACGCCUUCCUCCUGUGCGUCCCCUUGGACCAGCCCGCAAAGACCGAGCUCCAGGCCCUCAAGGCCCUCGAAGUUGUUUUCGGCCCGGACGCGAUCCAGAAACACACUCUGGUCCUUUUCACUUACACAGAUCGACUGAGGGAGAGCGGGAAGGCAGGAAACAACAGCAUAGAGGAAUAUAUUGCCAGUCAGCGAGGGGAUUUUUUAAACCUUGUGGAGAAAUGCUGUGACAGGUUUCAUGUUCUAGAGAGCGGAGGGGGUCAGGUGGAGAAGGGGAACGUGGCGGAGCUGCUAGAGAAGGUGGAGCAGACGGUGAGGGAGGCCGGAGGACAGUGUUACUCUUGUCCCGCUUUUCAGGAGGCUGAGAACCGAGUGAGACAGAGACAGGUAGAGUUAGCUAGAGAGAAAAGAGGCAAAAAGCUGGAGCCGGAAAAAUCAAGCGAGGUUGCACAGCUUAACUCUGAGAGGCGGUUGAUCUAUCCCUACAUGCAGUCUGUGGCCGAGGCAGAAGAGGAAGUGAGAGAAGAUGAGAUAGAGAAAACACGGCAUGAGGCAGAGAUGAGUGUAAGCACCAUGGACAUCGAGAGCCUUCCUCCUAUUACGCUUUCAGGCUUGUCCCCUUCACUCCUUCGUUCCAUUAUGGAAAAAAUGGAGUCUAGUGCAAAAAUGUUACCCCAGCUGUUGUCAGACAGCUCCAUGUGGGUUGGUGAGGGAGCUAAGAAGGUGAAAAGUAGCCCAGUGUGGGGGACGGUUGGCAGCAGAGCACAAAACGUUCAGAAGAUGAUGGCUGAUAGUUCAGUUUGGGGAAAGGUGGGAGCUAGCGCCCAACAUGCAUCCAAACUAGUAGGAGAUAGAGUUCCCAAAGUGGUAGUGGAUAGUUCUGCGUGGGUGGGAUCUGGAGCAAAAGCAGCAGCAGCAAGUCCCAUGUGGGGGAAAGUUGGUUCCGGGGCCAAACUAGUGGCGGACAGAUCCAUGGUUGUAGGGUCCGGGAUCGGAUCUGGGGCCAAGAAUUUGGCAAAGAGUCCUGUGUGGGGAAAAGUAGGAUCUGGGGCCAAGAGCGGAGCUAAACUGAUAGCUGACAGCUCUUUACGAGUCGGAGCUGGAAUCGGUGCUGGUGCAAAGAAAGUGGCGCAGAGUCCGGCGUGGAAGAAGAUGGGCUCAGGGGCUAAGGCAGGGGCCAAAAUGGUGGCUGAGAGCCCAAUGUGGGAGAAAGCCUGGACCACUGUUAAACAGGUGCCCAAGGUUGUUUAUGCGGGCGCAAUGCUGGGUCUCCUGCUGGGCUUGUUUCUGUGGGGUCUCCUCGGCGGAGCUCUCGGUGCAGCUGCUGGAUCAGCGGUUACUGAAGUGGGCAGACGGAAGUUCAGCAAGAAAACCACGUUAGAAAAGACAAACGAAGCCGUAAAAUCUGUGGAGAGAAAAGUGACCGACAGCGUGGACUCACUGGCAAAACAAGGAGAGAAGGUUCUGAAAACUGACUGAACGACUGAAGGGAGUGUGUUUGUAAAGUGCUUAACAUUAAUUAAGACAUUGAUUUGUUUUAAUUUAGUACCGUCUCAAUUUAACUCAAAAUCAACUUCUUAUUUAUUCACAGAAAUUCAAGAUAAAGGGUUUAUUUUAAAAUAAAAGAUAUUUGAUUAUCAAUUGAAUUGAUAUUGUUUUCAACUUCCCUUUUGUUCCUCUAGUUUAAGAAAUUUGGUGUUUGUGUCUUUUAAGAAAUGUUUAGUAUUACCUACAGUAAUUGAUAGAUGGAUAUUUGUCAUCCAAGCAACAAAUAUAUGAAAGAAUGUCUACAUUUGGCCACAAUAACUCACAGUUGUUAGGGCACAUUGUACAAGUAUGUAGGUACCUGUUUUAUAUACAGUCUGCAGUCAGCUUCUGUAAGAAAAAAAUGCAAUUAUUGUAAAAAUAAUUAUUAUACUUUACACUAUUAGUUUGCCAAAUUCUUACCCAUCACUCAAUGUAAGCAGUAAAGUCAAGGUGAAUUUAAACUUGAUUUCUGUGUCUGUCAAAAUGUUAUAUUACACGCUCUACACUGUACAGUACGUCAUUCACUGAGCACUUUCCCCUUAUACUUUAUUCUCCUGUACUCAAUUAAAGAAAAAUGCAUUGUUAAAUUA